CACCCGCAUCGUAAUCGGACUAUUUAACCGAUCUCAUUCUUCAUGCGUAUACCAAAUUAGAUUUUUUGUAGAUAUAAAGCCUUAGUUGGUCAAUCCAUGGCAGUAUCUCUACAUUCCCGGAUUCUCUCUGUGGACUCUAUGUCCAGAGUAACUGCAACUUGGUUCAUGAAUCACAGCCUCUUCAAUCUCGCUCUAAGGCAAAGAAUCUGAGACUGGGUGUGGAUGGCUUGGAUGAGAUAGCACAUCUACUGAGGAUUUUCUUGAUUGCCUACAUCGUAAUGAGUGCAAGAAACAUGAUAUGAAUUGGUACAUUUCUAUUGAUCCUUUCCGUUGUGUGAAGGGAAUUGGUUCAGUCUGUCUCUUACAUUCCAUUUCAGUAAUCUAUUUACUCCGGUAGAUUACUUGGGCCAUUAUUGUACGGUUUGAUUCCCAUUUCUUCUUUAUAUCAAAUGGAGCGUGGUGACUCAUCCGAGAGUUUUUCAAGUACCGGAGGUUCUGAAAUAGGAAGCAGUUUUAUGAUGGAAUCGGGUUUCUUCAUCACAUCUUUUGCGGCUACUAUAUUUGUUAGUGCAAUUGUGGGAGUUGUGCUUUUGUUCAUCACGUUGCUUAUUUCAUUAGCUACCAUGUUGCAUUCCUGUCAAAGUAGGAGUUCUGGAGUUAUUCAGCUUCAGAAAAUAACUGAUGAUUAUAGUUAUUGCAAGGUUUUUGCUCUACAUGCAGAGCUCAAUGCCUUGGAAGCUGAUGAAUUUCCUAAAAUUUGUAAGACACUUGCCAUCCAGUAUGUCAAAGAAGGUCAAUAUCUAAGAGAUUUGAACUUGACUAUGUCGGUGGCAGAUAACUACUUCUGUAGUUUGGCGCCAGAGAAAGAUGGUUUGGAUGUCGUGUUGAUCGAUUUGGAUGAUAUCUUUCUGUCAAAUCCCUGUACCCAUCAAUUGAACAAUCGACUUGGUCAGCAUGACAAGAAUGAAUUGGCUGAAGAGGCGAAACAUCUAAAUCACAUGCUUGUUCUUGGAUUUUACAAGAAGCUUCAAGCUAGUGGGUGGUCCUUGAUUCUUAUCACCAGGAAGCCUGAGAAACAGUGGAAUGCUGUCCAAGAGAGCCUCAUUGUUGCAGGAUAUGGGGGCUGGUCUUCUUUGAUUAUGAGAUCUGAUGAUGAAAUGCAAAUGGAGACCUGGGAAUACUUCUCCAGAAGAAGGGCACAUCUGCAAAACCAGGGCUUUCGUAUCGCAAGUGUGAUUAGCAGUCAGCUAGAUGCUUUAACUGGACCAUGCUUAGGAAAACGUAAUUUCAAGCUUGCAAGCCCAAUUUACUACAGGUUAAAGGAACAGACUGAAAGCAUCCUAGUUCUAUAAUAGAAU